CAAAAUUGUCCAAAAAUUUUGUUAACAAUACAGUAUUAAAUUGAACUAUCGUUAAUGACCAGAUUUAUUUUGAAUGUGUAAUUGCAUAUAAAAAUAAAAUCAUAAUAUUAUUUCUUUAGUAAACUAUGCUAAUUAUUGAUUGUUAACGUUAUGUCGUAAUAAAUAAAAUAUUAUUAAAAUAAAAUAUAAUUCAACUUUUCUUGAUAAUUUUGUGAUAUUAAAAAAUGGGAUUAUCCAAAGAAUAUCGAAUUUGUAUGCCACUGACAGUUGAGGAGUAUCAUGUCGGACAACUUUAUAUGAUUGCCCGGCACAGUCAUGAGCAAUCGAAUGGAGGCGAAGGAGUGGAAUUCAUUGAAUCGAAACCAUGUGAAGAUGAAGUCCAUGGUCAAGGACAAUUCACUGAAAAAAGAAUUCACCUAUCUAGUCGUUUACCAACUUGGGUCCAAUCACUAAUUCCAAAAAUAUUCUAUGUGACUGAAAAAGCAUGGAAUUAUUAUCCAUACACUAUUACUGAAUAUACCUGUUCAUUCCUACCAAGAUUUAGUAUUUUCAUAGAAACCCGUUAUGAAGAUAAUAAUGGCUGCAAUGAGAAUUGCUUAAAUUUAUCAGACGAAAAAUUAGCUACCCGCAGUGUUGUCAAUUUAGAUAUCGCUUACGAUAACAUAGAUCCUAGGUAUUACAAGGAAGAAGAAGACCCAUGCUUCUUUCAAUCAAGAAAAACUGGACGUGGCCCAUUAAUUGAGGGUUGGCAAAAUUCUCAUACACCAAUUAUGUGUUCAUAUAAACUAGUUACAGCAAAUUUUGAAGUAUGGGGUUUACAAACUCGUGUAGAAGAAUUUAUACAAUCGUGUAUUCAAAAUACUCUCCUAAUUGGACAUCGUCAAGCUUUUGUAUGGAUAGAUGAAUGGAUUGAAAUGAGCUUAGAAGAUGUGCGUCAAUAUGAGAAAAGAAUGUUCGAGGAAACAAAUGUUAUGUUUCAAAGUCAAGGUGGUGGUGAUACUUUAGAAAAUGUGACACCCACGCCAUCAUCACCCGCAUUAACUGCGUCACCACCCAAAAGUCAACCACCGAGUCGACCAGAAUCAAAUCCAUCAACUCCAAGUAUUCCCACUGCCAAAUCAUGGUUUUCAUGGUCUUAAUAUUUAUCAAAAAAAUUUGAUUAAUCUGAUCAUAUCAAAGUCUCGAUAUUGAAAGUGCAAUAGGAGAAAAUAAAGGACCAUAUAUAGAUGAUAAUUAAAAGCUUCAUAAUAAUACAAUAAUUUGUGACAUUUUUAUUGGU